CUGACCAGUGGCAACCACAGACAAAAAUAAAGCCAUAUUAACUGAAUAUAGAGCUUAGUAUUUUUGUGGCUGACACAUACAUAACCAUCCACCAAGACGCUAACACUAUCUUUGUUACUUCUCCUAUAUACCAUGAAACUGUCAGAGACAUUGGUGCGGAGACCCUUCUCAACAACAUCACCAGCCUCACUCCGCACCAAAAAUUCUAUCUUGGCCUCAAAUGGAAAAAGGGUCUCUCUGUUGGGCUACCAAAAUCUUAGAUUCCCAAAUUGUGCAUGCACCAACUCUGGACCUGCUGUUUCUUCUUCUGCGCCUAAUCCUUCAAUGCCACCACAUGUUGCUGCUAAUUCUAGUUUUGAUUCUGCUGUCACUCACCACUUGCAAGGGAAGCUGGAAGCCGUAGAGGAGGGAAUUGAAAAGGUGAUUUAUAGAUGCCGGUUUAUGACUAUUAUGGGAGUAUUUGGAUCUUUAAUCGGAUCAUUUCUGUGUUUUAUCAAGGGCUGCACAUUUGUUGCAGAGUCUUUUUUGCAGUACUUUGUAAACCGGAGUAAAGUAAUCCAAAUGCUGAUAGAAGCUAUUGAUCUCUAUCUUUUAGGAACUGUGAUGCUGGUCUUUGGAAUGGGUCUCUAUGAGCUCUUUGUCAGUAAUCUUGGUAGUGGAAGCUCUCUGCCAGAUCAAAAGCCUUCUGACAGAUCAAGUCUCUUUGGUUUAUUCCCUCUAAAGGAGCGACCAAAAUGGCUGGACAUAAAAACUGUGAAUGAACUGAAAACCAAACUUGGUCACGUCAUAGUAAUGUUGCUUCUGAUUGGGUUGUUUGACAAAAGUAAGAAGGCUACAAUACAAUCUCCCGUGGAUUUGCUAUGCUUCUGUGCUUCGGUCCUUCUUUCUUCUAGUUGCCUCUUUUUGCUGUCUAAGCUCAAUGAGGCAAAGUGAUGUUCACAUUCAUGUAAUGUAAGGAUAUGAAGUUAUAUAUAUAUACACGCACCCAAAAAGUAUAUGUCUU